AUGGUCUCUGCGGAAAUAAUCAACCAGAUUUGCAUCGCAUCUGAAAUUGUUGUGUUCAAUAUUCUCGGACUUUUUGGACACUUCAAUUUUUUGUGCUUGACGUACAAAAAACCUGCAUUGCGAUCGAAAUCUUCUUACCUCCAAUGUGUCCUAAGCGUGUCGCACAUAAUUUGUCUUCUAUUCGAAAUCCCAAACGCCGCACUUCUGUUUACUGGGAUCAGGCUCAAGCGGAACGUAUGCUUUCCGGCAAUAUCGAUUUACGUAUUUUUCAUCUGCUUUCAAGCUGUAAUGAUACUCAUGCUGGUCAUCGAUUUAUUGAUCAUUGUUUUCUUCACCACUUUCUAUCGUAAAAUUGGAACCAUCAAUUAUAUUUCCAUGAUGCUAGUCAUUCCCUUUAUAUAUUCAGCAUUUACAGUUGCAUUGGGAUUUUUAAAAAUGAAUGAUGAAGUAAUAAUCUUUUGUAAUCCGCCAAUUGGGCUUCAUCCAGAUGUCGGCAGAUUUUGGUCAAUGUCAAAUGUUAUAUUCAAUACAAUCACACUCUUUUUAUUUGUGUUCUUAAUGAUUGUAUUCCACUUUAAAGGAAAGAAGCAGAAAAGUGACACUAGAAAGUUGAUGAAAAGUUUGAAAGUUUCCGUGAUUGUCUUCAUCUUCUCUUGGUACAUGUGCAUGCUUGCAAACGAUUUGUUUGUCGCAAUUGGAAUAACUGGGCCGCUUCUUGUAUUUUGUAAGAGCAAUAUGGUAUUUUUCGCACUCGUCUGUUUUGCCCAACCAUUUUAUGUGAUGCUGUGGAAGUCAUCGGAAUAUCGAGAUGCUUUCAUUGAUAUGUGGAGUUUCUUGGAAUGUGUGAAGAACCUGAAAUCUAGUAAAGUAUUGCACAAGGCUUCAAAUGUAUCAUCAGCUGCUCUUUCUGUGAAGAGAUCUAUCAAGCAAUAA